AGAUAGACAAGAACCCAGUCAACACACUGCAAAGUGAGGACAUCACGCGAAGGCGUGGUUUACUUCCUGUUUCUUUCUCGUGCAAAGGGAAUUCGUGUAGACUGACCAGUCCGCGGGUUCUCUAAUUUCUACAUACUUUGAGUAGUAAUCACAAUUAAUUUCUUAAACAUUUGUUAAGAAAAAGCAACCAUGUCUGAAAAACACAACUUUGGAAUGGAUCCUGUGACAUGCCAUGCCUUCAGCGGGGAUCGCAAAGGCCUGGUCCUGUCACAGAAGAGUCCCGAGGUGAAGAUUUUCAAGCAGGCUGGCACCAAGUGGCAGUUGGCCGAUACACUGACCGAACAUGGUCAGAGAGUCACCGGCAUUGACUGGGCUCCCAACAGCAACCGAAUCGUCACAUGCGGAGCGGAUCGUAAUGCGUACGUGUGGAGCCCCGAGAGUAACGGGAAAUGGAAGCCGAUGCUGGUGAUUCUGAGGAUCAACCGGGCUGCCACUUGUGUCAAGUGGUCACCACAAGAGAACAAGUUUGCCGUGGGUAGCGGUGCUCGUCUCAUCUCUGUGUCCUACUAUGAGGAGGACAACAACUGGUGGGUCAGCAAGCACAUCAAGAAGCCAAUCAGGUCCACUGUUACAUGCCUGGACUGGCAUGCCAACAAUGUGCUGAUCGCUGCUGGCUCCUCCGACUUCAAGGCCAGAGUCUUCUCUGGCUACAUCAAGGAGGUGGACAAGAAGCCGGGGCCGUGCUCCUGGGGGACAAAGAUGCCCUGGGGGGCCAACCUGGCCGAGUUCUCUAAUGGAGGAGAGACUGGUAGUGGCUGGGUGCACUCCGUCUCCUUCUCCCCGAGUGGUGAUCGCCUCGCUUGGGUCGGCCACGACUCCAGCAUCUCUGUCGUGGAUUCUAACAAGGGAUCAGAACUGGUGUGUAUCAAGGAGAACUUCCUGCCCUUCAUGAGCAUCACCUGGGUGACUGAGAGCAGCAUUGUUUGCGCUGGGUACGACUGCAACCCGAUGCUGUUCACCUACACCGACAGCGGCAAACUCACGUCCGUCAGCAAACUGGAUAUCCCUCAGGAGAAGGAGUCCGGCCAAAUCAGUGUGGAUGUUCCUGAGCCUAGCGAGACGGAGGCAGGAUCUGAUCAGGAGGAGGAAGAUGAGACACCUGUGUCAAUCAUCAAUGCUAUGAAUCGCUUCAAGAAUUUAGAGAAGAAGGCUACAACUGAUGACUUCUCUAGCGACUUGAAGACUCAGCACCAGAACACCAUCACUCAGGUGAGCAUCUUUGCUGGAACCAAGUCCGACUGUACCAAGAUCUCCACGUCAGGUGUGGAUGGCAACAUCAUCAUCUGGGACCUUAAGUCACUGGAGCGUGGAAUUGCUGGACUGAAGAUUGCCUAGGCUGGUAGUGUCCAACUGUACACUCCAGACAGAAGUCUCUCUCUUCAAGAUGCACUCAACCACUGAUUGCUGGACUGUCCUCACUUCCUGUACUCAUUUCUAUAUAAGCUAACUCUCUGGAAAACAGAUAUAAGGUCAUACACUAUGUAUCCUAUACACUCGGGAGAGCACCAUACCUUGUAAUGUUAAGGGCAUUCACCAGAUUCAAGUCAAGGACGAUGUACUUGUGUUAAAUUGAAACCUGUUUGUACAACUUGGUCACGUUCAAGUAAAUAGCAUUGAAGUUCCACUGAACAUUGUUGAGCAUUGUUUCAAUCAUGGUGUGUAUGGGUCUAUAACAGCCUUCUUUGUAUAUCAUAUGUAGUGUCGUUACAUUCAUCUGAAUGGCUGCAGCAUCAAUAAAUGUUUAUCCAAAUUGUCAAGUAAGGAAGCUGCACAUGGAGCAAUGUUAUACCUUUGUAUUGUUACUAACAAAAAACAUAAUCUGUUUACCAACAUGAAUAAAAUGUGUCUUUGAUA